GUUCCGCCUCCCCCCCUCAUUUUUUUUUUCGGUUUUUUGACCUCUUUUAUCCCCAAGAACUCUCCUUCUUCAAGUCCUCCAAAUCUCUCUUCUUCAAGGAUCCUUCUCCUCUCUAGGAUAAAAAAACCCCUCAAGAGCUCUUGGACUUGGCCGAAUUUGUCAUCUCUUCAAAAGCUAGGGUUUGGGAUUUUGAGAUUUUCUUCUCCUUCAAGCUCCAACCUUCUUGGAACUCAGGUUUUCGAUGCCUCCACGCCGAUCUCGACUUCCUAGGAGUCGAUCCCAUUCGCAGCCUAGCGAGGGAGAAGUUCCCGCAGCAUCCUCCCCUCCAGCAGCUUCCUUUUUUGGGGUCGAGUUCCCUGCGGGCAGCCUUCCCCCUCAUGCUAAUACUGGUUGUAGCCGGGAGGUCUUCUCUUCAGCUUUCAUCAGGCAGGCCGUUAGUCCACUCCCUUAGUUUGACAGAGAUCGCUCUGACGAAUCCUGUCGUUUGAUACGGGAUGGAGGGCGUCAUUGCUUACGCCAGCUGAUUACGGACGCCUCCUUCACUGCAGAUUCUACUUCCACUCAGACUUUAAAGAAGCCCGGUUUUCUAUUCGGUGAUCACGCGGAGGAUCCUACUACGUUGACUCUUACCGAUGAGCAUUGGCUGAAUCUUCAUGAGGGAGCUCUCCUGUAUAUUCCCUCCAUUCCUCGUCAAUAUUCUUUCACCCAUUUGGAGGGACAGGCCGUGGAGCGACAUAUGUCUUGGCCUCUUACCUAUGAUGCUGAGCGAGUUCAGUGCGGAUAUACCUCUCAUCAUAAGAUUCCUGGUUCUACUGGGUAUCAUGAUAUCCGCGGUCUUCGACCAUGGAUUAUGGGUCUUGACACUGCACCCCUAGGCGAGGUUUCAGCAGCUGCUCCUACUGUGAAGAAUCGUCUGGCUUAUCUUGGGAGAAGGAUUUGAAGAGCAGCGGAUUGUAUGCACCUAUACGGGCCACCAUGUACGGACUUCCGGUCAGCUGCCGCCAUUUCUUGGCGUUGUUGGAGACAUACAUGCCCGACAGUAACACGUUCAUGACCAGCGGCGGAGAGUUAGGGUUGGCCUUACAUGAGAUGUAUCAGGUUUCUGGUCUUCCAAUGGGGGAUUGUCCAUUUCAGGAGUACUUUCCCUCGAACCAGCAGUUGGGGUGGUUGAAGAAGGAUACUCCUGACAUGCAUGAUACUCUUUGGGACCUCACUUGUCAUUAUUAUACCUCCUUGAUCGAGAUUUCUCCUCCAGCGAAGAAGAAAAGACAAAUCAGCUUGAAGCAGUUUGCUGUCUAUCUGUUCCCUAAUUUGGAGGGCGACUCCGGCGAGCCCCUUCGUGAGUUAGAUAUCCUGACCCCUACCGCCAUUAAUGAGUUGAUGGAGAAGGUUGAGGCUCGUUCUUAUACCAUUGCCCGUGCUGAGGGAGCUUUUCCUGUAGGAACCAAGUUUCGUUCGUUUCUCCGCCGUGCACAGAAGUCCAUCGAGCCCCGGACUCUGCUAGCAGGCUACCUUGCUCUCUGGUUGAAGAAGUGUGUUGUUCCCUACCGGUCUUUAGACGCCUUACCUCUCGAGGUGCUCUUCCCCGCAGUUCAGCUAGCUUAUGGGAGGGAGCUUUCACUGCUCCCAGCGAUGAUUGCCGGCAUCCAUUGCGGGCUUAGGUAUCUGGUCAGUGGUUUUACACAGGUGGGUUCUAAACCAUCGACCGAGCUUACUUGUCCGAAGGUCGAGCUUCCUUAUGCGUAUCUGAUGGCGUGGCUCGUUCUUCAUCGUCCUGACUUGAUGUCGGCGCCCAGCGUUGUUGAUGUCCCCGUUCCUUUCGUGCAGCUGUUGGAGAGGAGCAGAUGGCUCGGGAAGAAAUUCGGCGAUGCACAACGAGAUCUUCAAGUUCGCAAGAGCUAGGAGUUCUUCAAGUGUUUUCCCCACUUUUCGGGUCGCUAUGGUGAUGUGCUGACUGAUGAGGAGAAACCUAGAACU